AUCGAAAGAUUCUGCUCCUCCUCCAAUUGCCUCUGAGAAAUCAGGAAGCAAUAAUAUUAUCUCCAACCAUUCAGAUAGAUGACCUAUCUAUCUUAUCUACCGAAGCCUACAGCCUUGUUAAUUUGUUGCUGUGCGUGGCUGGAACCAGUAGUACUAGCUAGUACUGUCUUUACUGUCUACCUGUUUGUGUAGCUCUGGCUAGCUACUGUAGCUAUCUGGCUGGCAAUAGCAGCAACAUUUUGUGGCGGCAUCUACCCAUAGAUAGAAGCAAGAGAACAGGGGCUACAGCUGCCCCUCUUGUUAUGAAACACCCACCAUUGCGGAACAUCCCUCAUUCGAUUGGCACGACCUGGUCACCUUCAAAAAGACAGUAGCCUCCUUCCUGUUAUCAUCAAUAAUCGACCGUCUUGUUGAGGAUGACCAACAGCAACAGCUGCAUAGGUAAUACCACCUGCAACCGUUGGGAGACUGGUUCCAUCUCCACAAAGGCCACAGCCACAACAACUCCAAUCUCAGAACAAGACAACUCUUCUGCUGCACUUACUACUUCUGCCAGUGGUACCACCAGAAGAAACAACAAGACCCCAGCACAAGUCUCCUCUUCAGAGGAAAACAAGAAUAGUCAGAACAUGUACUCCACCACCAACAACAACAACAGGAGGGGUAGCAGAAGCAGCACUGCCGCAGAACCCCCCAGAGUUAUCGCCAUUACGAGCAGCCACGAUACUAGUACAACCAGCAAUAGAACUGGAGGUGACAACAACAGCGAUGGCUUGAUGAUGAAUGCGGGUAGCAACCACAGCCUGGAAUUUGCCACUCUACUAGCCUCGCCAGCAACAGAGUUCCAAAACGGUACUACCACAAGACCUGCCGCCAGGGGUACCAAGAACAACCGCGGUAGCUUUAGCAAUAUCUCCUUUGCAUCGAUUGCAGAAUCGGGAGAAGAUGAAACCGAGACCGACGCACCGGAUGCACAGGAAUGCGACCAUGGCAGUUGUUCCGUCGUACGGGAUGAAGUGGAACAACACGAAGAACCCGACGAAGAAUGUUCGCUUGCGGGCGAGGAGGACUACGAAACACGAGAGGCAGCUCGACCCAGGAUGGCCUCAGACACUCGGGCUCCACGACGACGACAAGUUCAGGAGCAGGAGCAGCACCACGACGAGUUCCCUCACCGCAAUCAGCACAUGGCUCGUGCUGAGGAUGCUACAGGGUACACGACGGCGGUUGCAGAGAUGAAACAGGCCGUCGAGCAACAGAUUUGCCAUGCCCUUCAACACGUGACGAACGUGAGCAUGAGACAGAGGAGAAGCGCCUCGAGUGCACAAGUGUCAUCGGACUAUUGGAAAGGACUCUUGGUAGGCAUGUUCCUGGUGCAAGCAAUCUUUGUACCGGUGUGGGCUGCCUGGGCUGCUGGAGGUGGAGGUGGUGCCGAUUCGGGUAUCGUGUUUGCGUUUCUUCAAGGUAGCAUUUGGAAGUUGAUUGUCUUGAUUGUGUCCGGGGUUGGCUUUGUCGUGGUGGCCCUGAUUGCCAUUCAGUACGAUUGUGCUCUCCAAGACGAACUACAAGAACUACGACGACUCGCUGCUACUGCUACUGCUGGUAGUGGUACCGAUAGUGGUGAUGGUGCACACACAAGAACUACUGGUACUCGUCGUCAUGCAUCUGGUUCCAGAACUGGUUCCAGAACAAGUAGUACCACCGUUACUCCCAUCGCAUCGAACCCGCCCGCGGAACAAUCCACGUCGGGCCGGGCGUUGUCCGAACGAUUGACGACGAGGAGUACGACGAGAAGAGUUGCGACACAGCCACAGCAGGAGACUCCACCAAGGUCGGUUCCUCCGGCAGCCACCGUACGGUGGGCUGCCGAGGGCGCAGCAGGACAAGCUAGUGUAGCACCGGACCCUUCGUCGCAAAGACGACGACGACGGCAGCAGGAGCAGCAACCACAGCGCCGGCAGGAGCAGCAACCACAGCAACCGCGACGAGAGGAGGAACCGCGGUCGCAAAGACCACAAAGCCAACAAAAUAAUAGUGUCGUGGCACAAGCGGUGUCCGUAGCUCCGGGCGAAAACAAUAGUGUGUCCGAAACCGUGCCCUCGACGGCUUCGGUACACGAGGAGGACCAAGAACCUACUGAAGUCGUGGCAACUCCUACGAGGAACAACCACGAAGACGUCGUCCGGUUUGAAGAAGAAGAAAAGGAGCCGGAACGUGACGAUUGCAGGGGAUUUGACAAUCGUGACAAACAAGAGGGCGACCGACCACCAUCCGGCAUGGUUGUCACCUCCAGUCAUACCAUCAUGCCCACUCAGACCACCACCAGCACAAGUAGGCAAAUGUCCUUCAACAACCGAUCCAUGACAAUGUCCUUGUCGUCGCACACAUCGCAAAACAUGGAUCAUCCCACCCCGGCGACUGGUGGUGCUCGAGAUGAUGAUUCCUUGACGGCGCCCACCAAAGAAAUUACAUGUGCUCAAUCCACGUCUCAACCAUCAUCCUUUGCGCCGCAAUCUACGCCCGAUUUCUAUCCCGAUGCCACGGUCCUAUUCGCCCACAUUUCAGGUUUCACGGCAUGGAGCUCGGAGCGUGGUCCGGAACAGAUCUUUCUGUUGCUGGAAAAGUUGCAUAGACGCUUUGACGACGCAGCACGACGAUUGGAAAUCACCAAGGUAGAAACCACAUCGGAAUCAUAUCAGGCGGUUACGGGGGUUCCCCAUGAACAGCCCGACCACGCUGUGAGAAUGAUAAAGUUCGCCAAGCAAAUCAUGCAAAGCAUGGUGAACAUUGUGGAUGGAUUGGAAGGAACCCUCGGACCUGAUACUGGGUUGCUGCGGCUUCGGAUUGGUGUGCACAGUGGAAGCUUGACGGCUGGUAUUCUUGGAGGACGCUUUCAGCUUCUGGGAAAGACGGUUGGAAUUGCACAAAGGAUGGAAACGACCAGUCACAGACAUCGGAUCCAGAUUUCAGAGGGUACUGCCGAAUUGUUGCGCAAGGCCGAGAAGGAGGACUGGAUUCAGAAACGGGAGGAAUGUGUCACCAAAACAGAUGACGGACGCGAUAUCCAAACGUACUUUGUCGUCAUUACGAGCCCUUUGACGGGCCGCGGCGCGUCCAUGUACCAUGGCCAGAAAUCUACCAUGUCGAUGCGAUCGGGAAGGUCUGGGAAGGGUUCAAAUACUGGAGCAGCAGCAGCAGCAGCCUCGGCCCUACUAGCGGCCGACAAUGCUCCCAAGCGUCCAACGAGGCGCCAAGUCUGGGAUGAGGCCGAAAAUGACUUCAUGAUGUCGCUUCCGCCCAUGAGUAGAGCUGCCAAGAACAAGCGACUGGUUGCCUGGGUCAACAAACUGCUGACCGAGCAGCUGCUGAAAAUUAUGGUUCAACGCGGCACCAACGCACCAUCAGACUUCGAUAUCACCGAAGAAGUUCUGGGCCGAGUGGCUCAUGGCGCCGUGCCGUCAGAAGAAUUCGUCAAUGUCAUCAGGCCAGCUGGAACGCUCGAGGCAGAAGAAAGGGACACGAUCACAGAUGAGCCAUCAAGUGCCAAUCUACCCGCCAAGGCCACACAACAGCUCCGGGCUCUUGUGACCAAGAUUGCCGCCCUCUACGACGAGAAGAACCCAUAUCACUCAUUUGAUCAUGCCGCGCAUACAACCAUGAGCGCCCAGAAACUAUUGAAUCGGUGCUUUGUGCAGGAUGAUGACGAUGAUUGGGGACCAGAGGCAUCCAUGGCAUCAAAGAGCUUCACUUCCACCAAGAGUGCUUCUCGGCAAUACAUGAACUGCAUUGCCAGCGAUGCCCUUAGUCAAUUUGCAGUGAUUUUUGCUGCAUGUGUCCAUGACUGCGGACACAGAGGCCUGAGCAGCCGACAACUCACGAGACUCAAUCCAAAACUGAGCGAGAAGUACAAUCAUGAAUCUGUCCAAGAACAGAACAGCAUCGACCUUUCUUGGAGCCUGCUUGUCGACCCUGAGUAUGCCGAAUUGCAGAAGUGCCUGUUCUCCAACGAGUCUGAAUUGAAGAGAUUCCGAGAAUUGCUUGUGAACUGUCUUCUGGCAACUGAUUUGAACAAUGGAAGAUCGCAAGCGUUGCGUCACAAACGGUGGGACAGAGCCUUUCACAUGGAGUGCGACAGUAGCACACUACAGCAGGAGGAGGACGCCGACUUGAAAGCGACUGCAGUUGUGGAGUGUCUGGUCCAAGCUAGUGACAUUUCUCACGCAAUGCAGCAUUGGAAAGUUCACCAAAAGUGGAAUGAACGCCUGUAUCGAGAAAAGUUCAUUUCUUAUGAAGCUGGAAAAUCUUUUUGCAACCCUCUGGAAACGUGGUACCAGGAAGAACUUUCCUUCUUUGACAAGCACGUCAUCCCCUUGGCUAAGCGUCUUGCCGAGUCUGGCGUGUUUGGCGUUGCAAGCAACGAAUGUCUCAAUCAUGCUCUAGAAAAUAGAAAAGAGUGGGAAAGCACUGGAGAACAGCUCGUCAAAGAUAUGUAUGACCGGUACUGCAAGAGAAAGGAAAUGGAGAUUGGUGGGUUCACCAACGAGGAAAUCAACAACUUCACCCCCAAAGAGCUGGAAUACAUCAUGAAAAAGCUCGUCGAGAAGGGCCGCAAUCGUGGGACCAACGAAGUGGACGAAGAAAAGGGUCAGAACGAUGCUGCCCAGGCGUGGUUGGAUGCAUUGGAGAUAUAUGAACGGUGUCCGGCUGCGAUGGAGAUUGCGGACCGUUCAAUCGUCUUUCCAAUCUACUCUGGUAUUGUUGCGUGGAUCAAGUUGGGGAAGAUACCCCAGGAUCAAAACGGCCACUUUGAACUCAACCUUGCGCAGAAGUUCGUCCAAGAGAGUAAGUUGCACCUUGAUCCAAUUCACCAUACGAGAGCAUUGUCUAUGCUAUCCGAGGCUUAUGGGCGUCGUGGCAACUACACGGGGGCACUUGCCGAGUUCAAAAAGUUGGCUGAAAUCUACAGCUUUGAAGCGCAUUCGGCAGCCAUUGCCGGGGUAUACGGGACGGACCGAUCGGCUCAAGCAUUCUCCCUUAGCGCAUUGUGGCACGAGCAGCUCGGGAACUCGGAGGAAGCUGUGGCAGUCUGCGAGUAUGUUAUUCAAGAUCUACUGCCCCUCAUGGAUCCCACGAAUACGCUUGGCAACUUUGAGCUGCUGUUGAUUGUUAUUGCUGUGCUAAAGCCAAGAGGGCAGGAGAAACGUAUGCUCCAGCUUUUGAAGGACUACGUGAUUUCGCCAUUUCGCAAGCACCACGGCCCGAAUGGCUUCACGCCGUGUAUGUGUUGUUUCAAGCCUUUGGUGUGGUUGCUGGAUAUCUGUGCCGAUCCUGCGAGAUUCCGUGACUUGGACGAAGCUGCGGAAUGGCUUUUGGAGAAUGAUGACAGUGGCGUAAUGGAUGAAUUCGUAGAUAGCGUCUAUACCGGGCUCUGCUGGUCGAUGCAUGACUUGGUGGCAGAGCUGUGCCUUCGAAUUGCGAACCGACUGGCUUUGGAAGACCGAGAUAUCGACCAACAGCGGGCUCUUGUUAGAAAGGGCAUGAGGCUUACCAGGAGAGCCGAUCGAAAGAUCAAGGACGGCAAUGGCAAUGUGGUGCUGCAAGUUGCAAACGCCAGACACGAGCCGGUGUUCAAUGCGUUGGAGUUGGUUGCGAAGCAAAUGGGCGUUGAAUAUUCCGAGGAGAAUGAGAGUGUGGUGAAGGUCAAGCAACUGAACGUGAACUUGCCACCGUCCUAUCUGAGGCCCCCUGCCGAUAGAUAAUUCAGGGUAAGCAAACUUAAACGCAGCAAUAAUUAAAAGAAGCUGUUUGUCCCAUAGAACCAACACGCAUAGGAACUCAAGUUUCAAUCAUUGGAUUGGUCGUUCCAUUUGAUUCUUCUUCCA